AUGGUAAAUGUGCCUUGUUAUAGUAUGGGUUCUGCUCCUAGAAUGAGAGAAGCUAAAACAACAUCAAAAGAAACACCUGGACCUGGCCAGUAUAAAUAAGUGAAUCUUAUUCACAAGCUAAAAGCUCCUUAAUGGGUAAUUGGAUCUGAGAAAAGAGCCUCUCAAAUGUCUCAAGCAAACCCAGGACCUGGUUAAUACAAUACUAUUGCAAAGGAUAAUGUUGGACCAAAAUAUCAUAUGGGUUUGAAGACUAAUCAUAGUAUGAGUGUAACUAAUCUCAAUCCAGGUCCAGGAAACUACAAUAUAAGCAGAUCUCUAGGAUAAGUAGGGUAUAUUUUUGGCUUGAAGACCUAGCAAUAAAUGGGUACUCAUGUUAGAAAUCCAGGUCCUGGAGCAUAUUCACUAAGAGGUUCAUUUAAUCAUAUACCAGGAAGCAAGAUUGGAACUUCGUAGAGAGAUGAUGACAUUAAAAGAGCUAAGAGACUAGGAAGUCCAGGGCCAGGCACUUACAGAUAUGAUAAUACAAUAGUCCAUUCAGCUCUUCGAUAAGAUGCUCCAAAGUUUGGUUUUGGAACAGCUGAUAGAGAUAAAAAUCCAGGAGUUGGAACUGUUGUUAGUCCAGGACCAGGUUCAUAUUAGCACAAGUAAAUUAUGGGGCAUGAUGGGCCUAAGAGAUCAAUGACAUCUCGAAGACCAAUGAGUGCAGACUCAAGAAAUUCCCCUGGACCUGGAUAGUACACACCUGCAAAAGAAAGUGUUGCAAAAGCAAUGCCGAAAUAUUCUAUCGGGCAUGAAUAAAGAGAUACACUAGGUUUGAAUCAUAUGAAGCAUACUCCUGCUCCUAAUCAAUAUAUGGCAUCGACCGCAACUCUUACAAGAUAACCUUCAUGGGUGAUGGGAAGUUCUUAAAGAAAUGGAUUAGGAGGUGCAAAUGGAUCUCCAGGGCCAGGCAAUUACAACAUUCCUUCUAAAAUGAAAGAUGGACCAAAGUAUGUUAUGGGACUUAAAGGGAGAGAUCUCGGAAAAGAAAUGCUUUAUGUUCCAGGACCAGGAUAAUAUCAUCCUGAUUUUAGUACUCUGAAAUAAAAGCAUCCUACUUUUAAAAUUGGAUCAGAAUAAAGAAUUCCAGGCGACAAAACUACUAUCAGAUAAGUCCCAGGACCUGGAAACUACAGCCCAUAAAAGAGACCAUAAAGUGCAGCCCCAAAAUACGGAUUUGGUUCAAGUACAAGAUAACAAAUCAAACAGACCAAGGACUACACACCAGGGCCCGGAGCUUACAAAGUACCUGCCAGAAUUUAAGAUGUACCCUCUUAUCUUCUACCUAACAGGUCUCAAGAAUUCAAGUUUAAUCACGCAGACAAUACUUCGUCGGAGGAAAUUGGAAAUGUAAUGGAACUCUUGCUUUUGCAAAAGAACUUAUUGAAGGAACUCUUAACCAAGUUGAGUUUAACCAUGAUAGAGUCCGUAAGACAAAUUAUUCCUUUACUAAACAAAAAUGUAGAUGUUGUCGUUGCUCCAGCCAGUGUUCAUCUUACCUCAGUUAAAUCUCUACUCACCCCUCUCAUCUCAGUUGCUGCUCAAAAUUGUGGAGCUCAAGGAAAUGGAGCUUUCACUGGAGAAGUCUCAGCUGAUAUCUUAGUCGAUUUAGGACUUCAAUGGGUUAUUCUCGGUCACAGUGAAAGAAGAUCACUUUACAAUGAAUCAAGUGAGGUUGUUGCCAAGAAGACCAAGUACGCACUCUCCAAAGGUCUAAAUGUUAUCCUCUGUAUUGGUGAGAAACUAGACGAGAGAGAAGCUGGUACUACUAAUGAUGUUCUUAAGGCUUAACUCGAUGCUUGCAAAGAUUCAAUAGAAAAUUGGGGUAAAGUUGUAGUUGCAUAUGAGCCAGUUUGGGCCAUCGGCACAGGUAAAGUUGCAUCCCCAGAGCAAGCUCAGGAAACUCAAGCCUAUGUAAGAUCAUGGCUUAGAGAUUCUGUUUCAGAGGAAGUGGCUAACAAUACCAGAAUAAUCUAUGGAGGUUCAGUCACCGAGACUAAUUGUGCUGAAUUAAUUUAAUAAUAGGAUGUUGAUGGAUUCCUAGUUGGAGGUGCCUCUCUAAAACCAGGAUUCGCUGACAUUAUUAAGGCAGUUAGCUCAGCUCAAUGA